ACACGCAUAUACAAGAUGGCGUUCCUGUAUUGGCAGUGCAAGGACGUCGCAAACUGGAUAGAAUCUCUCGGAUAUUCACAUUAUACGGCAUGUUUCACUGAGAAUGGCAUCACAGGCCGAAAGCUCAUUCACAUAAACUGUCGUAAUUUGCCCAAAUUAGGAAUCACAGACUUUGAGGAUAUGAAGGUUAUCUCCGCACACGUGCGCGAGCUCCUGGGCAUUUCGGAGCCGCUGUGGCACCGCAGCCUGGCGGACUUCCCGCGCGACGACACGGGCCUGUUCCUGGAGAAGAAGAGCAGGUCGGGGGAGCGGGCGGACGCGCUCACUGAGGCGCACUUCCUCAGGGAGAUUAAGAAAUGCUAAAUAAACAUUAAACUGCACGUAAGACAUGACGAGUGGGGUGCAGAGAUGACGAGUGGG